CCGACCAGCCGCCACAUUGGUGCCCCGCCUUCCUUCCCAUGUUGUUAUCCCACAUUGUCUGCGUGGGACCAUCAUCCCCACAGAGCCCCGUAGAGUCAACCCCGACAAUUAUAAUGUCCUCGCUAUUGAAGCCGUUUUCGGUAUGUGAGGGUCCCUGCGAGAGCUGCGCAGUCCGGAGAGGAUGUCCAAGCUCGGCUCUCCAUCAGCAGCCUCCAUCUCGGAGUCUGGCCGCCGCCGCGGGACUGAGCUCUCUGCCGGCACACCAGAGAACCUUCGCGGCAAGGAGGAACCUGGCGGCGGCUGCAGUAGGAGGAAGAAAAAUCACCCAUCCUGGAAAGGCCAUACUUGCAGGUGGCAUAGCAGGAGGAAUAGAGAUCUGCAUCACCUUCCCUACAGAGUAUGUGAAGACUCAGCUGCAGCUCGAUGAGAGAGCCAACCCACCCCGUUACAGAGGCAUUGGUGACUGUGUGAAGCUGACUGUGCAAGAUCAUGGGCUCAGAGGGUUGUAUCGAGGUCUCAGCUCCCUGCUUUACGGCUCAAUACCCAAGUCAGCAGUCAGGUUUGGUACAUUUGACAUUCUCAGCAAUCCGAUGCGAGACGCCACAGGUCGGCUCGACAACACUCGGAGCCUCUUGUGUGGUUUAGGAGCUGGGAUAGCUGAGGCCAUUUUGGUGGUCUGUCCCAUGGAGACACUAAAGGUGAAGCUGAUCCAUGACCAGUGUUCGCUCCGUCCUCGCUACAGAGGUUUCUUUCAUGGAGUCAGUGAGAUUAUCAGAGAACAGGGUGUGAGGGGGACAUAUCAAGGUCUGACAGCAACUGUUCUUAAGCAAGGAACCAAUCAGGCCAUCCGAUUCUAUGUUAUGAAUGCAUUGCGGAAUUGGUACAAAGGUGAUGAUACCCGACGAGAAAUGCACCCAAUUGUCACAGCGAUGUUUGGAGCCACAGCAGGAGCAGCCAGUGUUUUUGGAAAUACACCUCUAGACGUGGUCAAGACCCGGAUGCAGGGUUUGGAGGCCCAUCGCUAUAAACACACAAUGGACUGCGCCUUCCAGAUCUUGAAGCAUGAAGGACCACAGGCGUUCUACAAAGGCACAGUUCCCCGGCUUGGCCGUGUGUGCUUGGAUGUAGCCAUAGUCUUUGUCAUUUAUGAGGAGGUAGUCAAAUUACUCAACAAUGUGUGGAAGACGCAGUAGAACAGCCUGAAUGUGACAGAUGUCCAGGAGGAAGCACAGACCAGUGCCUCAUGCUACGCACAACUCAACACCUCUAGCGUAUUAGCUGUCUUCAUUGCUUUCAGCCGAUGUCAUCCUGACCGGUGUUCACACUGUUACAUAACAUCUACGUUUAACAAUACUCAGUCCAGACAUAGUGAUAAGUAAGAAAGUGAGGGUACAGUUUACUUUAGGACAAAAAACAAUUUGUUUUAUUUUCUUUUUGAGCAGGAUGAGGCACAGUCAAAUGGAGUGAUAAAAAGAGGCGCCUGACAGAACAUGUCACAGUUUCUCAGUACAAGUAGAGAAAAGAAGGUUAUAGACCAACUAACAGGGAAGACUAGUUAAAAAGGGACCUAAUGUUGUUACUGUCCAUGCUGUAGACUGAGCACUACUGAAACCUUUAAUGUGUCUUGAUUCACUAAGUACUUUACUAUACUGAGCAGAGAACAACGAUCAUACUGGAUUCUAACUAGCUUUUUGCAGCAUUGUAACACACCCUGUUUUUGCUUAUGUAGCUGUGCUUGUGUCAGUGUGACACUGAGUAUCAGUAUUUUCCUGCUGUGUGCUGGUGACAAACUCUCAAUAUGGUUCACUCUGCAUUUUAUGUUGGUUGACAACAGUGCAUUGCUGCAUGAAUGCUGCAUAACUCUCCAGCAGAUUGCAUCAGACAAGUAAUUAUUAAUCAUGUAUCGACAAAGGAAAGUUUUAGCACACACCGUCUUAAUCCUUGAUAAUGGGAGAUAGAAGUCAGUUUCUGAGUGGAAGUAUGUUUGUUUAUGGUUGUCUACAAGAAAAUAUAAAGCCUCAUCUUGGGAAUCUUUGCUUUGUUCAAACCCUCCAUGUCAUGUUCAAACAGCUGCUGGUGUCCAGCGUAAAAAGUUAAAUCACUUCUACUCCAAUAAAGAAGAAAACAUGUAAACAUGCUUUGUAAGCCAUAUGAGGUAAAACUUCCAAAGGCUUUAGUGUUUUUAAUUUUUUUUAAUUUUUAUUAUCAAAUAGGCUGUCUUCUAAUCCAACAUUUUUAUUAUUCCUUGUUUCCAUCCAUUUGACCUGCUAUAUAAGCCUUUUGUAUACUUACUGGUAAGGUGGUGACUAUCCAUUAUUAUGCACAAAAACUAAUGUUAGGAGGAUUUUUAAAGAUGUUGACAUGUAUCAUUUUUAUUUAUAGCAUCAACGUUUUUUAAAAGACUGUGUACGUUAGAGACUCAACAACUUGACAAUUUUUUUUAGGUAAAGGCUCAUUCUUUACUGACUUUGUGGCACCACACAGCCUUGCACAGAAGCCUUUCAUUCUUCUUUGCCAAAACCACCUCAUUAAAAUCACCAGUUUAAUAUGUCCCGAUGGCAGAAGAUCUAACUACUCAGACCAAAAGCAAACAAUAUUGCAUAAUCUCAUAGCAUUUUGUUUUCACUAACUUUAGAAUUUUCUUAUUACACAAUCUCAGUCAUGCUUUCCAUAAAAAGGCCAACAGUGAUGUGCACCUUUUAUCAGAUAUGGUGUGAUCAUUCACACUGUAGUAGAUCCUGUUGGGUGAAGGUUUUAGUGUGGAAUAAAAUAAAAAAUGUCAAUAUAUGAUGCACAUGAUGGAAAUACUGUU